AUGGAGGGUAAAUCAAGCAGUAUAGUUUAUAUAAAUCCAAAUUAUAAAAAGAAACCUGAGAUUAGUGUUGCACCAUUGAAACCAAGCAAUUGUAGGAUAUAUGUGAAUCAAAAUUUUCAUGAUCAUAAUAAAAUAUCAAAUCAGGGGAAAAUAUUUGUAAACCCAAAUUUUAUAAAAGCUAAAAACUCAAAUAUUGAAGGUUAUGUGAAUAGUGACCAUCAUUAUUCUGUAAAUGAACACUUUGUGAACAAUUAUUAUGACCAUCACUGUUCAGCUAAUACACAUAUAAAUAGUAGUAUGACUCAUAGUAUACCAAGUUUACAAGCUGCUAAAAGAUACACAGAAAAAAAUUGCACAGCAGGCUCAAGUUUUGAAGAAACUUAUACUAAAACACCUAUAAUUUCCGGUGUUUCUUUACCCAAAAGCAAUCUUGAUAUAUCAUGUCCAAUAUCGAAAUCACGCUACAGUUUAGUGAGAAAGAUACAUUGCGAAGAAAAUGUAUCUACUGUUUUGUCUCAUAGGCAAAUAGAUAUGAUACAAGCACCGAGUUUGAAUUCUUCUGUAGUAAUGACAAAACAAGCUUCACUUACCCCAAUUUCUAAAUCUAGAUAUAGUUUAGUCAGAAAGAAGCAGAGUGUUAUAUCAUCAGCUACAGUUCAAACUAAUUCUAGAAUGAUAAAAAUUGGAAAGUAUAAAACCAUAAGUGUUGAUAACGCAAAACAAACACAUGUUACUGUCAAAGUACCUCAAAAGUUUACAUGCUCCAAGAAGUUAUAUUUGAACUCACCUAGAAGUCUUGGCAAUCAGCUUUCAACAUCUCUGAACAGAAGUUUGUCAAGGAAUUUGAAGAAAUUUAAUUUGUCAAGCGAUCUUGGUAAAACAUACUUGUCUAAUAGGUUGAAGACUAGAGAAAAUAAAGGCAAAUUAAAAUUAAAUAACAUACCUUGUCGUUUGUAUACAAAGUAUGGAAAGUGCUUAAGAAAUUCCAAUGGGAAAUGCAUAUAUGUUCAUGAUAAAAAGCAUGUUUCAUUAUGUAGGAAGUUUUUAAAAGGCAUAUGUCAUGAUAAAAAUUGUCCCCUAUCACAUGAAGUUUCUGUAAAUAAAAUGCCCACAUGUUUCUUCUUUCUUAAAGGAAUGUGUGUGAAAGACAACUGUCCCUACUUGCAUGUUAAACUGAGUGAGAAAACAAAAAUAUGUCCAGAUUUUGUAAGAGGUUACUGUGAAAAAGGCGACAAAUGCUUACUAAGACAUGUUUUGAUCAAAAGUAGAUCUGUAUCUGAGGCACAAACAAAAUUGUUAACUCCUAGUAAAGUGAGAAGAAAAGUGCUUAUUAAUAAAGCCAUUACAAGAAAGCCAUCUGAAAGACAGAACAAAAACGUAGUAAAGGAUAAUUCAAAAUUAAAAGGUGAAGAAGACAUUGAAGUAAUAAAUGAAUGUGUUGAAGCUAGGUACUUUAAAGAAACUGUAAGUGAAGACACAAGCAGUGGGGCCAUAAAACCAACAAGAUGCAAGCUAGGUGAUCUACCAUCUUAUAUACACUUAUGAUUAGUUAACAUUAUUUGAAUUUCAAUAUUCAGUGUUUGUAAGUUAUUAGAUAUUUUUGAUACCUCCUUACUUUUGUUAUUAAUUUUGUCUAAAUACUAACAUCAAAGUGUUAUUUUUAAAUGAUAAAUAAGAAAAAUGGAAAGAAUGUAAUAAAUAAACUUAUUUA